AGGGGGUUCCUUUAUAGAAGAGCAGGAAUCUCCCAGGAAGAAGCAAGCUAAAGUAGAGCCCGUCGAGGAAGACGAGCUCGGAGACGAAUUCGAAGACGAUUUUGAUACCACCCAGAUAGAAAUGGAGACAGAGCAGAUAGUACGCAGGAAGUCUACUAAAGGUAGCGUCGCUGAUGCUGGUAUUAUACAAUAUGUUGAAGUUUACAACUUUAUGUGCCACAAAUAUCUAGCUUUCGAUUUGGGUCCACAGCUUAACUUCAUCAUCGGACACAACGGUUCUGGUAAAUCAGCUAUCCUGACUGCUAUCACUUUGGCACUCGGUGGACGCGCUACAGCUACAAACAGAGGUAGCACGCUUAAGUCGUUCAUUAAAUCAGGUCAAACAUCGGCACAAAUUGUCCUUAAGUUAAAAAACGAGGGUACAGAGGCAUACAAACCAUCUGUUUAUGGUAGUACCAUCAUUGUUGAGCGUACUGUCAAGGAUAAUGGUAACUCCCUCAAGUUGAAAAGCUCAAGUGGUAAAACAGUCAGUACAACACGCCAAGAACUCACUGCAAUUUGUGACCAUUUCAUGAUUCAAGUCGAUAACCCAAUGAACGUUCUCAGUCAAGACCAAGCUAGGCAAUUCUUGAGUGCUAGUCAUGCGAAGGAGAAGUAUGAAUUCUUCUUAAAGGGUACACAGCUCACUCAGUUAUCUGAUGAAUAUCAACUCAUAUCAGAGAAUAUUUCUAAUGCAAGAGACGCGACUGUACGUAAGAAGGAGCGCCUACCUGCACUUGAAGAAGCUGCAAGUAGAGCCCACACGAGGUAUAAAGAAGCAACUAAAGCUCGCGACCAACAACACAAGCUCCUCGAAUUUAAGAAUGAGCUCGCAUGGUCUGUGCCCGCGGCCAUAGAGAAAGACAUAAAUGAGGAGGAAAAAGGUUAUGAAGUCGCUAGACAGAGAAUGGUAGCAAUCGAAGAAGCACUUCAAGCUGCUGAAAUGAGUUAUCAGGAAACUCAAGCUGAAGUAGAUAGAUAUGAAUCAAUGACUUUAAACGAAGACAGUCAAUUGAAUUAUCUUCGUUCUGAGAAGGAAAAAAUUAAUGAAAUUCUUAAAGAUCACAAACUAAGACUCCAGAAUAACAGAAAAGAAGAGGCAGAUCUCAAUCAGUACCUCAAUGAAAUCCAAAGUAGUAUACAAGAUUUUGAAAAUCAGAAAAAGGAAGAGUUCGAGCGUCUCAAGAUCGAUUACAGUGCUCAACAUGCCGAGACACGUAAACAAAUGGAAGAGUUACAUGAACAAAUCCAAGUACACAAUCAAAUUGAUACUGAGUCGGAUGAAAAAAUCAAUGAAGGAAGGGAACAAAUUGGAGAAUUGCAGAACAAAUAUGCUGAAAUCAAGAGACAGAAGGCCACAUGCGAAGCAAAUAUACAACAAUCACAGCAAGAGUUGAUGCAGAUAAAUGCCUCCCUCAAGGACAGAAAAGCUGCAUUUGGUAAUAAGAUGCCGGCCAUCCUUCAAGAAAUUGAUAAUCAAACAUGGAUUGAAAAGCCUAUUGGUCCACUUGGUAGAUAUGUAAAAUUGACUGACAAUAGAUGGAGCAAAGUCCUCGAGAGUGUCUUAGGUGGUACACUCAAUGCUUUCGCAUGUACCAACUUGCAAGAUCGUAGGAAGUUGCUUGGUAUACUGAAGAGAAAUGGUGCUUCAUCAGGUGUCAUACAGAUGGGUGAAAAGAGCUUCGAUUUCUCUGCUGGUGAACCAUCAUCUGAGUUCGUUACGAUUGAUAGGGUUUUGAAGUUCGACAGAGAAGAAGUCAGGUGUAUACUUGUCAACCAAAACCGCUCAGAAUCUUCAAUUCUCGUGAGAGAUCGUCAAGAUGCUGACCAAAUAAUGAGGACACAUCCACAUAAUGUCACCAGUUGUUAUGUAUUGAAUGGUUUAUUCCAAGUUGGUGGUGGUGUUGGAAGCGCUACUAUCACCUUGCAACAAUACAAAGGAGCACCACGUCUAACUACUGACACAUCUGAAGCUAAGAAACUUGCUGAAGAGAGCAUGGCUGAAGCUCGUAAACAAUAUCAAGAGUUACAGAAGGAAGAAUUAACAGUAUCCAAAGAAAUUGAAGAUAUCAGAAAAAAUGCUGAUCGUUACAAAAGCGACAAAGACAGAGCAUACCGUGAGAAACGGAACUGUGAAUACCAAAUUAAUCAGCUUAGAGAAACUCUUCAGAGUGAUCAACCAGUCAACAUUGCUGCGAUUGAUGCUGCAAUCGAAGAACAGAAGGAGGAGAUCACUAAAGUUCAGCAACAAUACGCAGCCAUUGCUACUAAGCAACAUGAGUUGCAGCAAUAUAUUCAGCCACACUUGGAGCACAAUAAUGAUAUCAAGCAGCAAUUGGCUGAUUAUGACAAGACACGACUUUCUAUAGAGGCUAAUCUAAAAGAUGCUCACGAUCAUAACAAUCAAGCAAUGACUACACUAAAUCAUCGUCGCAAGCAGAAACAACAAGAGUCUGUCAAAGUUGAUGCUUACGAACAGCAUAUUUCUAAAAUUCGCAGUGAUUUGGAGAUCGCUCUUGAACAAGCUAGUGAGAUCUGCUCAACGCGUAUUAUGACAACGCGAAGUGUAAACGAAAUACAACGUGACAUACAGGGUAUUGAAGUUGCUCUACGGGCCAGACAAGAAAGAAACGGUUCGAGUAUUGAAGCAGUUACAGCAGAAUACCAUAAAGCUCUCGAUGCAGUAGAAUCAGCACAGCGCGACAUAAAUGACAUGAACAUAUUCAUAAGAGAAUUAAAGAAAGCAUUGGAUUUAAGAACUCAAAAGUGGCUGCAGUUCAGAAAACACAUAGCGAUGAGGGCAAAGUACCAAUUCAUGUUUCAUCUGUCGUCACGUGGUUAUUAUGGAACUAUCCAUUUCAAUCAUGGUGAACGCAGGCUGGAUUUGAUGGUACAGACAGAUGAUCAACUUGCUACACAAGGUAAAAGGGACAAGGAUCCCAGGUCACUCUCUGGCGGAGAGAAAUCUUUCUCUACUAUUUGUCUGCUAUUGUCUCUCUGGGAAGCUAUCGGGUGCCCAAUUAGAUGUCUUGACGAAUUUGAUGUUUUCAUGGACGCUGUCAAUCGUAAAAUCAGUAUGAAGAUGAUGAUCGAUACCGCAAAAUCAUCCACUGGUAUCCAAUACGUGCUUAUUACACCGCAGGAUAUGUCCAGUAUCACUCUCGGCAAGGAAGUCAAAGUACAUAGGAUGAAGGAUCCCGAAAGAUCAACAGCUAGCUAAUGUUUCAAUAUUUAUAUGAAUGCUAC